GAACUCUCACUCGCUAGUGGCGUCUCUCUAGUCUCUACAUAAGUCUAUAUUAGCAACCGUUCUCUCCCAAAAAAAAAAACCCUAGAAGAGAGUGGCGGCGAAAGAAAAAGCAGGGUUUCAGGAGGCUCUAAGUCAUCAAUAAACAUGACUUUCAAGCGAAGGAAUGGAGGCCGCAACAAACAUGGCCGUGGACACACCAAAUUCAUCCGCUGCUCCAACUGUGGCAAAUGCUGCCCCAAGGAUAAAGCUAUCAAGAGGUUUCUGGUUAGGAACAUUGUUGAGCAGGCUGCUGUUCGCGAUGUUCAGGAGGCCUGUACUUUUGAGGCAUAUGUCCUUCCCAAGCUGUACGUGAAGAUGCAGUACUGUGUUUCAUGUGCAAUUCACUCCAAAGUUGUUAGGGUCCGCUCUCGUACUAAUAGGAGGGUUCGUGAGCCGCCUCAACGCUUUAGGCGCAGGGAGGAUCUGCCAAAGCCAGCUCCAGGACCACGCCCUGCCGGAGCACCGCCAAUUCCUCCUCGCCCCUAAAAAAAACCAACUGGUCACAUUACAUUCUGCUGCUAGGAUUUGAAAUUGGGUUUUGCACUGAUUUAUUAUGGAUUUUGUUAUUUAUGUUUUAGUUAUGUGGCUUAGUGCCCGGAUAUCAUGUUGAAUUCAGGCGAAUCAAAUUAUUGCAUUUUAUUAAUGAAGUUUGUGACAUUUUUCUGCGGAUAA